GGUGUCCGAUCCUGGACAGACAAGAGGGGUGGUUUCGUUUAGGUAGUCAUUUGGUGUAGGCGUUGCAGAGAAGCGCUCCAAGUGCGCCGUUAUCGUCAACCUGCCGUGUCUGCCAUCUUCCUUGGCAUUUUGGGAGAAAGACAUGAAUACACCCAGGUCCCCGCCCCGAUGGAUCUCAGGAGCCCUGAGUGAUUCUCCUGUUCCCUUCCCUGAAUGCCCACUGUGAGGUUUAUUCCAAAUCUGUGAGAGAUUUUUCUACAGAAUCAAUGUCUUUGGUUCCAGUAACAAGCUAUAUAUACACACCUCUGAAUCAACUUAAGGGAGGUACAGUUGUCAAUGUCUAUGGGGUUGUGAAAUUCUUUAAGCCCCCAUAUCUAAGCAAAGGAACUGAUUAUUGCUCUGUUGUAACCAUUGUGGACCAGACCAAUGUAAAGUUAACUUGCCUCCUCUUUAGUGGAAACUAUGAAUCCCUCCCCAUCAUUUAUAAGAUUGGAGACAUUGUUCGGUUUCACAGGUUGAAGAUCCAAGUAUAUAAAAAUGAGCCUCAGGGUAUCAACUGUGCUGGGUUUGCAUCUUUGACAUUUGAAGGAACAUUGGGAGCACCUGUCAUACCUCGUACUUCAAGCAAAGGUUUUAACUUCACUCCUGCAGACCACAAGAUGGUGGAGGCCUUACGUGUCUGGGCCUCCACACAUAUUUCACCUUCCUCAGCACUGGUGCAGUUGUGUGAUGUUCAGCCGAUGCAGUAUUUUGACUUGACUUGUCAGCUCUUGGGCAAAGCAGAAGUGGAUGGAACAUCAUUUCUUCUCAAGGUGUGGGAUGGCACCAGGACCCCAUUCCCUUCCUGGAGAGUCUUAAUACAGGACCAAGUUCUAGAAGGUGAUCCGAGUCAAAUUCAGCGGCUACAGAAUCUGACAAUAGACAUUUUAGUCUAUGAUAAUCAUGUUCAAGUGGCAAAAUAUCUCAAGGUUGGAAGCUUCCUUAGGCUCUAUAGCCUCCACACCAAACUUCAGUCAGUGAACUCAGAGAACCAAGCUUCAGUGCUCAGUCUGGAGUUCCAUCUCCAUGGAGGAACCAGUUAUGGCCGGGGGAUCAGGGUCUUGUCAGAAGGCAAUUCUGAUGUGGAUCAACUGAAAAAAGCUCUAGAAUCUGCAGACUUAACAGCCAGUCUUCCUCCAGAAGCUAUCUGUCAAUCAGAACAUGAGGACAACUUACUAUCCCUUUCAAGCUCUGGAUCCGUAUCACUUUAUGAGGUAGAAAGAUGUCAACAACUGUCUGCAACAAUACUUACAGAUCAUCAGUACUUGGAGAAGACACCAAUUUGUGCCAUUUUGAAACAGAAAGCCCCUCAACGGCACCGGAUUCGUGCGAAGCUGAGGUCGUAUAAGCCCAGGAGGCUCUUCCAGUCUGUUAAACUUCAUUGUCCAAAAUGUCACUCACUGCAAGAAGUUCCAUAUGAGGACAGUUUGCAUAGAAUUCUGCAGGAUGCUGCAACUAAUAUUCCAGAUUCCAAACUACAAAAUACAUCAUUGUAUGAUUCUAAAGCCUGGACCACGGAAGAUCAAGGGGGACGAACAGUAGUGAUUCAUUUUGUGAAAAAUAAUGGUAUCCUCCCUCUUUCAAGUGAAUGUCUAAUUUUGAUAGAAGGAGGAACACUAGAGGAAAUCACUAAGCUCUCAAGCACAUUUCACAGUGUCAUUCCUGUGAAGUCCAGCCAGGAAGACCUGGAAGUCCUAGACCUUUCUAUGCCGUUCCUUAUCCAAGAAAAAGCACAUCACUAUGGAUGUAAACAGUGUUCUCAUUUGAAACCAAUACAAAGUCUAUCUUCCCUUGCUGAAAGUGCGCAGCGAUCUCCUUCUUCUGUGGCAGAAGUUCUGGGAAUUGUCCCUCUGCAGUAUGUGUUUGUUAUGACAUUUACUCUUGAUGAUGGGACCGGAGUGUUAGAAGCUUAUCUCAUGGAUUCUGACAAAUUUUUCCAGAUUCCAGCCUCAAAAAUCCUAGCUGAUGACAACCUUCAGACACAUAUGGAUAUGAUUAUAAAUAUGCUUUGCCCUCCAGGAAUAAAAGUUGAUACAUACCCAUGGUUGGAAUGCUUCAUCAAGUCAUAUAACAUCACAAAUGGAACGGAACAACAAAUUUGCUAUCAAAUUUUUGACACCACAGUUGCAGAGGAUCUUAUUUAAUAAUGCCACUUGACCUAGCAUAUGUAAAAUAUUGUAAUUUUAGAAAACAAUACUUUCUAUGAGAGUCUUUUUUAUAAAAACAGAAGAGAGUUGACUAUUGUUAAAAUACCAUUCAUAUUUUCAGUAGUGGUUUAGACUUUUUGUACUAAAAGGCAGUUUGUCUUUGUAAUGCCUUCUUGUGAAUGUGUUGAAAUAUCUUGUUGCUCAAAAUGUCCAGUUUGAACACUACUGGGAACAUAAAAUGAAAGGACACAUUGAA